AUGGCCGCUGCUUUGCCAAGUGCUACCAUGGGGCUCGGGAGUCUUGUUUUUGAUUGUGAGGUGGACGACAUAUCUAACACGCGGGACAUCGUGUUGCCUACUCCGCGCAGUAGAGAAAAGCUAUCCCAGGAUAAGGAGAAGAUCAUUCAUUUUAGCUCACCUGAGAACUCCUACACGAUGAAGCUCCUGCGGGACGUGCGCUAUUUUGUCAACGAGGAACGCGAUCCAGAUGCAAUAUUACUGGCGACGAAACUGUCGGCCGUGGGAUACUCCGUUAACGUCCGGACGGCGCUGGGCGGUGGCACUGCAUGCUUCAGGAACCUCCGUCACGAAUUCUUGAUGGUACGGGGCCACGGUAACUUCGAGGGCGUUGAGUUCAUUGUGGAGCCCCGUUUUCGGGAGCAUUUUUCUAUCCCCCAUCCGACUGAGGAAUAUUCGGAGCUGCUCAGCCAUGCGCCAGACGUGUUUGUGGGUGUCGGAGGCCGUUUAGUUCCGAUCGUGCAGACCCUGUGCGAGGCGAUGGCAGACUCCUUUGCGCGGAAGUCCCUGACCCUCCCUCCCUGGAGACGUACGCAGUCCAUGCUCAGCAAAUGGAUGCCAAACCGUGCGCGGGACAUGUCGUUCAGCCGAGGCAGCGCCCCACCACACAACGCCUUCCUUAGCCAUGAGCCCGACAGUCCCAACCCGUCGUCGUCCGGAGCGCCGGCACCGGCCGGCGCCGGACAUGGACCCCAUGGACCCGACGCCUCGGGCUUGCCCUUCCUGCGUAUCAGCGAUCCACUCUGCGUGCGCGGCGGCCACACUAGCUCUAGUUACCGACAGCAGCAGCAGGUUUCGGCUACACAGCAGCAGAAUCCAGAGCCCCGUGAUGAGUGGGUGGUCGCGACCCAUGGGUUCAUCCCAUUUGGCGGCGCCGGUGGAUGCAGCUCCGAUACGGAAGGCCCUUCGCCGCCAGCAGCACCGGAGGUGCUGACGUCUGCGACGGCGGUUGCUAGCAACGACGACGGCGGCGGCGGCGGUGGGGGGCCCAGCGGCCGCCUGUCUCACCCAUGCAACAGCGGGGAGGUUGCCACUGUCACUGCCACUGCUGGGGGGACGGCGGCGGCUGGCUGUACUGUGCGGCCACGUGGCGGCGGCGGCAGCGGCGGCAGCGGCCACAGCGGCAACAGCGGCCUCCUGGCUUCCCGACUGCAGCAGAAUGCUCAAGCAGGAGGGACAGCAGCCAUCGCCGCCGAUGGGCCCUAUGAUGCGCAGCGCAUGCAAGACCUGCACCAGAAUCGUUACCACUGCCAAGGGCGGGUGCUGGAAACACGACCGCCUUUGUACUGCGGCGAGGCACCGAUCCACCGGAUCCGCAUGGGCUUCCGGAUUACACAGCCCCAAACUGAAGGCCCGAGCGGGGCCCCGCAAGUUGAAGUGCGGACGCAGGUGCAAGGUCAGGCGCGGACGCAGGACCGCAGCGUUUCAAUCUCCCACCGAGUGGGCGAGGGCCAGAGUCAGAAACCUAGUCGAGCUCUGCUUUUCAGCAUUGUUACCGAAAAGGUUUACCAGGAUGUUACAACGCUGCUCAGCCGUGCCAACACCAACGUCAAAUCGCCAGGAACUUUAUACAGCCUUGCGUCCGCCUUGGCUGGUCUCGGCUACGAUGUUUGUAUAAGAAACGCUCUCAGCGGAGGCAGCGAAUGUUUCAAGUCCCUCCGCCAUGCUUUCAUCCUGGUUCGCGGCACCGGCGAAUUCCGCGGCAUGGAAUUCAUCGUGGAGCCCUCCCUGCGGCAGCACUUCUCCAUCCCUCACCCCUCACCCGAAUACGACUACGUGUUGAGCCGUACACCCGACGUGUUCGUGGGGGGUAGCUGCCGUCUGGUGCCGGUGGUGCAGCUGCUGUGUGCGCUCAUGGCCUACUCCUUCCAGCGACAGGGCCUGCCCUUGCCGCCGUGGCGCAAGGAAACGGCAAUGAUGAGCAAGUGGAUGCCCCACCCAGCGCGCAUCCGUGACCUCAGACCACGACUCGGUUGCACCAGUUUUCUAGCGAUCCACACGCUGCCGUCAGUCCAGGCAGCAUCCGUCCCCGGUCCAUUUGCCGCCGUUGCGCCCAGCCCGAUGGAGGGGGCCCCGCCGACAGCGCCGAUGUCCUGCAGGGGUGAAGGGGAGAUCACCGGCGCUCGCGGCCCGGAUCAGAUCCUCGGGGCCAGCAGCAGCGGCUGCAGCAACAGCAGGGUCGGCGGGGUCGGCAACCCCGUGUCGCUGCCGAACACCGACCCGGGCGAGACAGUGGACAAACUGGACGAGUGCUCGUCGCCGUGCGCGGGGCCCUUCUCCCCCGCGGAGGAUACCGGCAGCUUCUUCUUCACCUCCGAAGCCAGCUGCACCAACUCUCCCGUACAUGUGUACGACAUGCUUAGCCUGGUGGGCUCGCUUUCCUACGGCUCUGACGCGUCUGCGGACGCCGUCCUCAAUGCCGGCGGGGCCAGGGCCGGCUCCCCCUCUUCUUUCCGCCGCAACGGAGGGCACCACCGACCCACAGCCACGGGCAUGUUGCCCUGUCCGUACCCUCGUACGGGCUUGCUGUCCGCCAGGAUGAUGUUCGAGUCGCUGGCGGCGCGGACCGCUACGCCGCUGCCGAAGCCGCCAGCAGCGGCGGCGACGGCGGCGACGGCGACGGCCACGUUGCUCAUCGACGCGUCCGACUGCGAUGCAUCCUCCGAUAACCCUUGGGUACUUCGGCCUCCCGUAGCUGAGGCAGGUGACGAGGAAAGGUGUGGCUACAGCCAGCAAACACAGCAGCUGGCGCAACCCGGCAGUGCGCCGACCAAUAACCUUUUUGACCAGGCAGCGGCGGCGGCGGCGGCGACGGCGGCGACUGAGUCACUCCAAACGGUCGCGGCGGGUGGCGUGCAGGUGAACGACGGCGGCGCCGUCAUCGACAGGUCGCCAACGGCAGCUGCAGCUCCUGCUCGGCUUUCGCAGCGAUCACGCGGUUCAUCUGAGUGGCUGCCUUGGGGUUUGCCCGCCCACAAACGGUGCAUUGCCUAA